UUUUUAGCUAUAUAAAUUAUAACGCAAUUCUGGACUUCAUCAUGGAUUGAAAGCCUAUCAAUUUAUAUAUAAAUUAAAAAAUUUUAUCCAAUAAUUAUGCCUUCUAUAUCUAAAAGUAACGCUAAAUCGAUCAAGAGGCAGCAUCAACAUACUUCUAUUCCUGUAAAUAUUCCAGAACCAUCUCGAAAUAUGAUAUCUCCGAUACCUAAAGGUGGGGCCAAUGAUUCAUCUUCCGAUUUCCAACAAUUUUUACAGCAGCACCAACAGCUGACCACAGAUCAAUUGCAGCAAUUUAUCCAACAAUUUACCAAUAUGCAACAAAAUCAGAUGCAAGAGAUUUUCAACAAACAAUACAAACAAGUCAUACAACAAAUCCAGGAACAACUCCAACUCAAUUUGCUACAACAAUCCCAACUGCUGCAGCAUCAAUCGAGUUCUGACAAGGAUUUUGACCCAAAUAAGCUGCAGCAACAACUUCAGCAGCUAGCGCUUCAGCAGCAACAGUUGAUCCAACAAGCUCAAGCCCUUCAACAACAAUUUUUAUCUCAACAUGUGGCUGGCGUGCCAGGGGUUUUGUUGGCCUCCCCGAAUUCUAAUAGUAAUCUAUCGCCUCAAAAAGAUAACAAUAAUAACUCUCUAUUACUAUUGAAUACCAACGACAACAAAUCAGCUUUGUCUUCCAUAUCAGCUUCCGUUGCGCUGAACAAUAAUUCCUUAUCGUUACUCACCAAUUCCUCCCUUCUAAACCAGCAGCAACAUCACCAAUUAUCAUCUAACAACCACAAUAGCUUAAACUUGAACGACCAGAGUUGUAAUGGUAUACCGGCCAGUUUUUUUGGACCUCUCUACGGCCAUGGAGUCUGCAAAUGGCCCGGAUGUGACUCGAGAUGCUCUGAUUACCAAAGUUUUAUCAAGCACGUCAACGCGGAGCAUCAAUUAGACGAUCGUAGCACUGCUCAAACCAGGGUACAAAUGCAAGUUGUUAAUCAGUUGGAACAACAACUUGCGAGAGAACGAGAAACUUUGCAAGCUAUGAUGUUCCACUUGCACAUGAAACCAUUAUUAGAUCAACAACAAAGUAAAGAUCAACUAUCAAUGCUGUCAAAUAAACAGAAUUCCCUGAAUUAUAAUUCUUCCAACAAUCAUCACCAGCUCUCGGCGUCAUCCUCCAAACAAAAUCAAAGCCACAACUUUUCUAACCCUCUAAACAACAAUUCUUUGAACCCAAACAAUCUCCUCAACGGUAUCAACCUCGAUCACCAUAACCCCUUUACCAGUGCCGGUAACAACAAGAACACUCUCUUCUUGAAUGCCAAUCAUGGCGCCAACAAUAGCAACAACAAUCAAAACGUGCUGACGCUCGUUAACAACGCCAUAAACCUGAGCGGACUCAGCAAGCAACAACAGCAACAACUUUUGCUUCUUCAGCAACAGCAGCAACACAAUUCUUCUUCAUCCAUCGGAGCAGGUAACAAUUUUAACCCCUCGAUUUCCCCACUCAGUUCUUCGCACGCCCUCCAUCAACACUCAAGCGGAUCACACCAUAACACAAACAGUAAUGCCAUUCUAAAUAAUUCGCCUCAAGGGCAACAACACGCUUUUCUUCUUCAAAACAACCUUAAUAGCAAUCAGCUGCUUUUAGCAUCCCAAAAUCGCCAAUCCUCCCCCCAGCAACAUCAAUUGCAACAGCAUCACAACACCCCGACACAGCAGCAGCAACAACAGUUGCAACAAUUGACUCUGCAACAUCACCUGCAAAAUGGGAAUGUUAUAUUGGGCAACAACACCUUGAUUGGGGGCGGUCCAGGAGGCAAUAAUCUAAAUGCCGCAGCUGCUCUUCAGCUUCAAAUCCAACAAAUUCGAGAACAAUUAGGCGAAGAAUUACUCAAUGGGUUCGUUAUUAAUAAUCCCAAUUCUUCUUCUAUGACCAACCUUUCCCUCACGGAUGAUAAUAACGACAUAGAUCAGAAGCUCCCUCAACAUUUUUUACUCAAUAACGUCAACAAUGUGCUCAACUUGAAUCAACAUCAACUUGCAGCUCUAAAUGGAGGAGGAAAUCUUCUUCAUCACGCCACCGGCUCCGGAACUGGCACUACCACGAAUAGUACGCCCACGACUGGACAUAGAGGGAGACCAAGUCUGAAUAGUCUCAAUGCCAGUGGGGGUCACAGCAUAAAUAGCUCUGCUAGGAAAAAAUGUAGCGAUAAGGGCAAGGUGCAUAAUUUAUUUCUUAAAAAUCAAAUCACGGAUCUUUCAGAGAUAAAUAAGAACCGCGAGUUCUAUGCCUCUAACGACGUUCGACCACCUUUCACAUAUGCCAGCUUGAUCCGCCAGGCCAUCAUAGAAUCUAUAGACGGACAAUUAACGCUCAACGAGAUAUACAACUGGUUUCAGGCCUCUUUUGUGUACUUCCGUAAAAAUGCCGCCACUUGGAAAAACGCUGUGAGACACAAUCUCAGCCUUCACAGAUGUUUUGUGCGAGUCGAGAACGUCAAAGGGGCCGUAUGGACCGUAGACGAAGCUGAAUAUUACCGAAGGCGUUCUAGUGUAGCUGCCGCUACUGCCGCCAAAAAGAAUUCCAACAAUUCUGGCAUCGGCAAUGACCUCUCCAAUGCUAUUUCUAACCACAAUAACUUAGACGCUACCUCGAACGUAUUGGGAGUGCUAGGUCUCUUAGCUCACGUCGAAGCGCAGGAUGAAGACGAUAGAGACUUAAACGAAAGCGAUUUGAAUGAAAGGGACUUAAAUGAGAUGCAACGUGAUAUAGACGAAAGGAGAUGCAGCCGAGGGAUGAUGGGGACCAUCGUUAAAAGCGAGGAAAACGAAGAAGACGGGUUGCAUUCUGAAGCUCUGGGAGAUCAGGAAAGGGAAUGCCUUGAUGAUGGGGAAGUUAAGGAUCGACUCCUUGGUCCGGGACGCUCAUCUAAAAAUAGCUUGGAACAUGUCUCAGUCGCUUCUCCUUUGUUUGGGGAACAUCACAAUUUGCUUACAUCCUCUCUGGUCAACGAUGUUAACAAUAUCGAAACAGCUGAAAGGACGAUUCUCAACAAUAAUAUAUUGGCCUUGUCUCAAUCCUUGAUUAAACAAGAAAUGACUCAUAUGCUCGAUACUGAUAAAUCAAAUAUACAAGCCCAACAUAGUCACGAUGAAGAUGACGAGGAUGACCAGGAAUUCGUCAGGCGAAAUAUUUUAUACGAUCAGAACGAACAUGUUUCUACGCAUAUACGUUCAUCUUCAUCACCCCUUCAAAGAUCUUCAUCCUCCCAUCACCUUCAAUCCGACCUCCAUUUUAGAAGCGCAGCAGCCCUGUUAAAUCGCAGGAAUACAUUACCUUCCCAUAAUUACAACUCGGACCAAUCAUCACCAUCCCUAGACAUACAGCAACAUAUGCAGCGGCAAAAUAAUUUUGUGAAUGAAAACUCGAACAAUUUCCGAUUACAACAACGCCCUAUGGAAUCGAUACUCGAAUCUAAGGCAAUCGAAAUUGGUAUAGAUGGCAGUAAUAUGGACGAAGACUCUAAAAAUGAAUCUAAUGAUGUCAUGGACGUAAAAAUGGAUAAUGAAUAUGAGGUUGAUGCAAAGGAUGCAGCAGAACACCAGAGGGAACACCUCAAUAAUUUUUUUCGUGGUCAACAAGAUUUUAUGAUGGUUGCUUCGAUGAAAGAGCCGGACAAUGAAACUAAUGCACCCGAUAAUAACUCCAACACUGAUAAUAUAUUUCAACAUUUACGAGAUAAUAUAACUUCUAAGUGCUCCUCGUCCAUGAACAUCAUCAUGCAACAAACACCUGCGAGUGACUCAGCCACCCCUUUCCCUGACAGACAAAGUUCCGACGAAGUCCAUCCUUCUUAAUCACAGUAGUCAAUUUCCCAAUCAACCUCACGCUGAUAUUAAUAACAUUUAUUCAUGAUGUGGCGUAACGUGACACCGAAAUAUUGGGGAUUAGAAAUAUUAUUAUUCAAAAUGGAUUAUUUUAUUUAAAAAUAAAAUACAUUUAUAUAAAAAAUCGUUUUCAAAAAUCAAAUUUAAUUAUCAAAGGAUUUAUUAUAAUUUUAUGUCUAUCAAAUCAUGUUUAUCACCCUUUAGUACUCUUAUUUUUCUCAUAAUAAAAAAUUAUAUUUAUAUUUUAAAAAUAAAAAUUUAAUUUUAAAAUUAUGUUUUUUAUAUUAUCUUACUAUAUAUUUUAGAUCAGUACAUUCAAAUUGAUUAUCUCUGAUCAGG